GGAGCUCCCGCCCCUUCCGCCUCGGCGCCCCGCCCAGGCCUCGCCCCUAGGUGUUCCCGCCCCUCCCCCUCCCUUGUCGCUCGCUUUCUGUCAGCCUCUCUCCCUCUCCCUCUCCCCUCUCCUUCCUCUCGCUUCCUCUCUCGCACCUGAGCGUACGCACCUGCCCGGGCCCGGCUCCCUCCUCCUCCCCUCCCUCUUUCCCCGCCUGGCCGCGGGAGCCUCGUGGCUGCGUCACCGCCGCCCCCCCAGACAAGAUGGACACCGCGGAGGAAGACAUAUGUAGAGUGUGUCGGUCGGAAGGAACACCUGAGAAACCGCUUUAUCAUCCUUGUGUAUGUACUGGCAGUAUUAAGUUUAUCCAUCAAGAAUGCUUAGUUCAAUGGCUGAAACACAGUCGAAAAGAAUACUGUGAAUUAUGCAAGCACAGAUUUGCUUUUACACCAAUUUAUUCUCCAGAUAUGCCUUCACGGCUUCCAAUUCAAGACAUAUUUGCUGGACUGGUUACAAGUAUUGGCACUGCAAUACGAUAUUGGUUUCAUUAUACGCUUGUGGCCUUUGCGUGGUUGGGAGUUGUUCCUCUUACAGCAUGCCGCAUCUACAAGUGCUUGUUUACUGGCUCCGUGAGCUCACUACUGACACUGCCAUUAGAUAUGCUGUCAACGGAAAAUUUGUUGGCAGAUUGUUUGCAGGGUUGUUUUGUGGUGACAUGCACACUGUGUGCAUUCAUCAGCCUGGUGUGGUUGAGAGAGCAGAUAGUCCACGGGGGAGCACCAAUUUGGUUGGAGCAUGCUGCUCCACCCUUCAAUGCUGCGGGGCAUCACCAAAAUGAGGCUCCAGCAGGAGGAAAUGGUGCAGAAAAUGUUGCUGCUGAUCAGCCUGCUAACCCACCAGCUGAGAAUGCAGUGGUGGGGGAAAACCCUGAUGCCCAGGAUGACCAGGCAGAAGAGGAGGAGGAGGACAAUGAGGAGGAAGAUGACGCUGGUGUGGAAGAUGCAGCAGAUGCUAAUAACGGAGCCCAGGAUGACAUGAAUUGGAAUGCUUUAGAAUGGGACCGAGCUGCCGAAGAGCUUACAUGGGAAAGAAUGCUAGGACUUGAUGGAUCACUAGUUUUUCUGGAACAUGUCUUCUGGGUGGUAUCUUUAAAUACACUGUUCAUUCUUGUUUUUGCAUUUUGCCCUUACCAUAUUGGUCAUUUCUCCCUUGUUGGUUUGGGAUUUGAAGAACACGUCCAAGCAUCUCAUUUUGAAGGCCUAAUCACAACCAUAGUUGGGUAUAUACUUUUAGCAAUAACACUGAUAAUUUGUCAUGGCUUGGCAACUCUUGUGAAAUUUCAUAGAUCUCGUCGCUUACUGGGAGUCUGCUAUAUUGUUGUUAAGGUCUCUUUGUUAGUGGUGGUAGAAAUUGGAGUAUUCCCUCUCAUUUGUGGUUGGUGGCUGGAUAUCUGUUCCUUGGAAAUGUUUGAUGCUACUCUGAAAGAUCGAGAACUGAGCUUUCAGUCGGCUCCAGGUACUACCAUGUUUCUGCAUUGGCUAGUGGGAAUGGUAUAUGUCUUCUACUUUGCCUCCUUCAUUCUACUACUGAGAGAGGUACUUCGACCUGGUGUCCUGUGGUUUCUAAGGAAUUUGAAUGAUCCAGAUUUCAAUCCAGUACAGGAAAUGAUCCAUUUACCAAUAUAUAGGCAUCUCCGAAGAUUUAUUUUGUCAGUGAUUGUCUUUGGCUCCAUUGUCCUCCUGAUGCUUUGGCUUCCUAUACGUAUAAUUAAGAGUGUGCUGCCUAAUUUUCUUCCAUACAAUGUCAUGCUCUACAGUGAUGCUCCAGUGAGUGAACUGUCCCUCGAGCUGCUUCUGCUUCAGGUUGUCUUGCCAGCAUUACUCGAACAGGGACACACGAGACAGUGGCUGAAAGGGCUGGUGCGAGCGUGGACUGUGACCGCCGGAUACUUGCUGGAUCUUCAUUCUUAUUUGUUGGGAGACCAGGAAGAAAAUGAAAACAGUGCAAAUCAACAAGUUAACAAUAAUCAGCAUGCUCGAAAUAACAACGCUAUUCCUGUGGUGGGAGAAGGCCUUCAUGCAGCCCACCAAGCCAUACUCCAGCAGGGAGGGCCUGUUGGCUUUCAGCCUUACCGCCGACCUUUAAAUUUUCCACUCAGGAUAUUUCUGUUGAUUGUCUUCAUGUGUAUAACAUUACUGAUUGCCAGCCUCAUCUGCCUUACUUUACCAGUAUUUGCUGGCCGUUGGUUAAUGUCAUUUUGGACGGGGACUGCCAAAAUCCAUGAGCUCUACACAGCUGCUUGUGGUCUCUAUGUUUGCUGGCUAACCAUAAGGGCUGUGACGGUGAUGGUGGCAUGGAUGCCUCAGGGACGCAGAGUAAUCUUCCAGAAGGUUAAAGAGUGGUCUCUCAUGAUCAUGAAGACUUUGAUAGUUGCGGUGCUGUUGGCUGGAGUUGUCCCUCUCCUUCUGGGGCUCCUGUUUGAGCUGGUCAUUGUUGCUCCUCUGAGGGUUCCCUUGGAUCAGACUCCUCUUUUUUAUCCAUGGCAGGACUGGGCACUUGGAGUCCUGCAUGCCAAAAUCAUUGCAGCUAUAACAUUGAUGGGUCCUCAGUGGUGGUUGAAAACUGUAAUUGAACAGGUUUACGCAAAUGGCAUCCGGAACAUUGACCUUCACUAUAUUGUUCGUAAACUGGCAGCACCAGUGAUCUCUGUGCUGUUGCUUUCCCUGUGUGUACCUUAUGUCAUAGCUUCUGGUGUUGUUCCUUUACUAGGUGUUACUGCGGAAAUGCAAAACUUAGUCCAUCGGCGGAUUUAUCCAUUUUUACUGAUGGUCGUGGUAUUGAUGGCAAUUUUGUCCUUCCAAGUCCGCCAGUUUAAGCGCCUUUAUGAACAUAUUAAAAAUGACAAGUACCUUGUGGGUCAACGACUCGUGAACUACGAACGGAAAUCUGGCAAACAAGGCUCAUCUCCACCACCUCCACAGUCAUCCCAAGAAUAAAGUAGUUGUCUCAACAACUUGACCUUCCCCUUUACAUGUCCUUUUUUGUGGACUUCUCUCUUUGGAGAUUUUUCCCAGUGAUCUCUCAGCGUUGUUUUUAAGUUAAAUGUAUUUGACUUGUGUUCUCAGCAUUCAGAGAGCAGCAGUGUAAGUUUCUGCUGUUCUUCCCUGGAUCUUCUGACAUUACUGCUGUCUAAGAUUUGUAUAUGUGUAAAUACAAGUUCCUUGAUACCCUAAAACCUUGGAUUAAACAGAAUGUGCAUUGUACAUCUUUAAACAAAAUGUAUAUUAAUUUAUUAAAUCUAGUUGUCACUUUA